AAAAAAAAAAAAAAAAACCUACGAAGUGUGAAGAAUGAGCACAUCAUGAUGCCUGCAAAAGUCUUCACGGUACAGCGCUGGAGAGCGUGCUCACGCAUAGUGACGUCAUGACGUAAACACACGCCGUCUUUCAGGAAGAGGUUUGGUUGGGCCUGUAUCCAUGACUGUGCUCUUGCUGGAGGCGUUCUAUGGUGGCUCCCACAAACAGCUGGUUGAUCUUCUCAAGGAAAGUGUUGAAGACUGUGUAAGCUUCACUCUGCCUGCAAAGAAAUGGCACUGGAGGGCCAGAACUUCUGCUCUGUACUUCAUGCAAGCAGUUCCAGCAAGUUCCUUGUACAGGGUUUUGUUCACCAGCUCCGUACUCAAUCUUGCUGAACUUGUAGCCCUGCGGCCUGAUCUCGCCCAUCUUAAGAAGGUCCUCUACUUCCAUGAGAACCAGUUGGUCUAUCCAGUUCGCAAGAGCCAAGAAAGAGACUUCCAAUAUGGCUACAACCAGAUCCUCUCAUGCCUGGUUGCGGAUGUGGUGGCGUUCAACUCUGCAUUCAACAUGGAGUCUUUCCUCUCCUCCAUCUCUACCUUCUUGAAGACCAUGCCUGACCAUCGACCCAAAGAUCUGGACCGACUCAUCCGGCCCAAGUGCCUUGUCCUUCACUUCCCGAUUCGCUUUCCCGAUGUCACAAGAUUCCUUCCUGCACACAAACGUCUCAGGCAUUCAGUGCGGUGUGAUGAUAUCCACGCUCCGGCUACUCAAAGCCACGUUCAAACAUCAGCUCCAAGUUGUCCAGUGCUCACAAUAGACUCGGAGCCACCUGAGAAGAUUCUCGAUGUGGCAGGACCGCAGCAGUCCCUGGAGCCUGUGAGUGUCACGCCAUGUCAGGAGACAGUGUCUCGUCCGUGUGGCGAUGAGAGAGGGAAUCUUCAGCCACUCCACAUAGUCUGGCCACAUCGCUGGGAACAUGACAAAGACCCACAGCUGUUCUUCCAGACCUUACUGAAACUCAAAGAACGACAGCUGAGCUUUGAAGUUUCUGUCCUGGGAGAGACCUUCGCUGACGUUCCAGACAUCUUUUCAGAAGCCAAAGAACAGUUGGUUGACCACAUCCAGCACUGGGGUUUCAUGCCCAGUAAGGAAGAUUACCUCAAAGCGCUGUGCCAAGCAGAUGUCGUCGUUUCCACGGCCAAGCACGAGUUUUUCGGAGUAGCAAUGUUAGAAGCGGUCCAUUGUGGUUGUUACCCUCUGUGUCCAAAGGCUUUGGUCUAUCCUGAAAUAUUCCCUGCAACAUAUCUGUAUUCAACACCUGAACAGCUGUGUAAAAGACUACAAGACUUCUGCAAGCGUCCGCAAUUAGUCAGACACCAUGUUACUCAGGUGAACCUCCACACUUUCUCCUGGGACACUCUGGGGGACAGUUUCAGAUCUCUCCUGGGGGCCGACAGUGACAGGAUGUUAACAGAGGAGCACAUGUCAAGACGUGACCCCAAGAAAUACAUUACGAUUUCAACUCCAGCCUCAUUGUGAAAGAGAGUUUAUGACCUGGAAAAUCCUCUCUACCUCUCCGCUAUUAUUUAAGAAAAACAUGUAUAUGUGAUUUUAAUGUCCUCAUGCCGGAAAAAAAGCAACUUUAUAUUUGUGGUUAAUGGAAAAAAAGAACAAAGUAAAAAUAAACAAUCAAAAAACCUGAAACCGCUUUCGUGUUGCGCCUAGGCGGGCCCACCUCAUAUUUCGGUUCAUAUCCAUUUUUAUCCUUUGUGCCGGAGGACUCCAGCCUGGAAUUCUGGAGUCUUCGGUUCCCACUCCGACAGAGCGGCAGCCAAGUUGUGGCUUGAAACGUUGUGGGCUCUCGCUCCACCUGAGGUUGCCAGGUUGUGACAAAGUCCCCCGAGGCUCAGUAAAGGUUGAUGCAAGGCUUCCCCAGGACUGUGGUUGAAUCUAAAUAUGGUUCUUUUAUUUUCCUUCGGAGAUCUGGCUGUACGUUGCAGCUGGGAACCCGCUGCAUAAUUAAGGGGGCAUGGUAACUAGCUAUUUAUAUGUUUUUGCAAAAUGUAAAAUCUGGGCAAACUAACAAUGGCCUGUCAUAUUUUCCAUAAAGAUGUAAGUGUCUGCUUUCACAUCACAGCAAUGCCACAAUCACACGGCCCACUUCAGGCCUGCCAACAUAUGUGUUAUUAAAAGAGAUCUGACUUUUACUGCAAGAGUUAUUGAAGGAUUCCUCCUUUAUUAUCAGACAUUCGCUC